AUGACGAACCCGUCCCAGCUCUUCCUCCUCGCAGACCACAUCAAAUUAUCACUCCUAGAACGCCAGCGCGCCGUAUCACUUGACCUAGAACCAAAUGCCCAAGAUGGCGAGAUCUCCCGCUCCCUGGACUCCCUCCGAGAAGGCAUCCAGUCCGUCGAGGCCGAGCAAGCCCGCCUCGCAGAAUCCCACGACAGCGCAGGCGCUGCAGCCCUGAAAGACCAGCUCGCGCCACUCCAAGAGCAACUCCACGAUCUCUCAUCCCAAUUUUACGGGCCCGAAGGCGCCUCGGAUACGACGCAGGCGUCAAAUUCCGCCCGGGCCGGCGCAACGCCCGAUCUCAAACAACCCGUUCCACAACACCCCUCAAACAAGUCCGUACGGUUCAUGGACAAUUCAGCCGCCGCGGCAGCCGUGCAGGAUGAAAUCGACGAGGAAGAGGACCGUGACCGUCAAAAUCUCUUCCGGCCGUAUCGCGAUGAGCCGUCUCCCCGCGUCGAUCAGUCCAAUAUGUCGAACGAGCAGAUCUAUCUUCACCACGACCAGGUUAUGCGUGACCAGGAUGAUCAGCUGGAUCAGCUUGGUCAAUCUAUUGGGCGCCAGCACGAGCUGAGUAUCCAGAUUGGGGACGAGCUGGACGGCCACGUUGCCCUGCUGGAUGGAAUGGACGGGGAUGUAGAGCGGCACCAAGGGCGGUUGAACGGUGCUCGGCGGCGACUGGAUCGUGUCCGGCGGAAAGCGGGCGAGAAUUGGAGUAUGAUGACUAUUGUCGGGUUGAUUAUCGUCCUGGUGAUCUUGAUCGUGAUUCUGAAGUAA